UGGUUCAUCUACAGCAACUCAAUAAGAGACAAUGACAAUGAAAAUUAAAAUGAAGAUCCGGAUACCUGCUUCUUUUUCGUCAUUUUCAAUGAGUGAUGCGCAACGAUGGCUUUCAGAUCUCCGAUAUUGGGGAAUUCUAUUCUUCUUUUUCAUCACUUGAUUUGAAUGUUAAAUUCCUCGGACCCAACCCUGGGAUCGCCAAUCGGCAUCAUUCUUAGAUGGAGUGGACCAAUCAGCGACCGUCUUUGAUGAAUAUUCAUGAAUCCUUGAUUCAAACCUUUGAGCGAGUUUGUCUAGACCCACAGCAUCAUACCUAGACUUUUCACCGAGACAAACUACAUUUUCUUAUGAAUGGAAAGAGAAAAAAUCAGUACAGCUUAAAUUGGGAUCCAUCCUUCACUGAGAUCAUAGAAGAAAACAAAAAAGGAAGAGGAGAGACCCGCCAGAAGAGAUGACAAUGACUACAAUACCAGAAAGUCUUAAUAGCCCUGUCUCAGGAAAACCCGUUUUCAUGGAAUUUGGACCACCAAGUCAACAAAUGUCGCCUUCCUCAAUGCCUCACGGACACUAUUCCAUGCACUGUUUACAUUCUACCGGUCAUACUCAACACGAGAAUUCAUACAGUCCAGCCUCAUCAUUUCCCAGAUCUCUGGGAUAUCCUUACGUUAACUCCGUCGGUAGCCAUUCCACAAGUCCAUAUCUCAGCACGGUGCAGUCCUAUCAAAACAGCUCGGCACUAACGCAGACACGGUUAGAUGACACAGCAACGGAGACCGAGAAGAACACGGUAGUGGAAGGCGGAGAGGUGCGGUUCAAUGGAAAGGGAAAAAAGAUUCGAAAACCAAGGACAAUCUACUCCAGUUUACAGCUUCAGGCUUUAAACAGAAGAUUUCAGCAAACUCAAUAUUUGGCAUUGCCGGAGAGAGCCGAGCUCGCAGCAUCGUUAGGACUGACUCAAACACAGGUAAAGAUUUGGUUUCAAAAUAAGCGAUCAAAAUUCAAGAAAUUGAUGAAGCAAGGUGGUGGCACAAUUGAUACCAAUGCUCUAGCCAAUGGUCGCGGACUUUCGACCGGCUCUCCCUCUGUAGCACCUGUUUGGAGCUCACCGGCAACCGUGAAAACGUCGGUGGGGGCUCCAGGGUCCUACAUUCCCAGUUACACCUCAUGGUAUCCAUCUGCACACCAAGAGUCUAUGCAGCAACCGCAGCUCAUGUGAGGAUAGACAUAAUAAACCCGCCCCGCCCUCUAUACAACCAUGGCUCGUAUCAGGAGAUUUUGGGUCAAUCACCCAGCGUGGCCCUGCACUGCCCCGCUGCAGCCAUGCACAGAUCUAACCCGGAGUUUGCUCCCAACGUUGCCAGAUGACACAUUGGCCUCCUCGUACCGACCGACGGCAUGAGACCAGCCUGGGAGCCGAGAGACUGAGAAGGCACUCUGCGCCAUGGGCAAGAAGUUCUUUGAACCUCAUGACAGAUAUCGGAAAUCAUGAAAAAUGGUUCUUCAAGCUGCUGUUAUUACAUUUUGUGUCUUUUUUAAUCGGCUACUUGUUAAAGUAACUAUAUCGACAUGUAAGUCAGUGAGAGUAUAUUUAUGUGUUGGUUUUAUUUGCUACAUUUCUAAACAUUUAUGAAGAUCAUGAUGGACCUAUGAGCCCACGGUUUGACCAUUACCUCAAACCGUAACAUAGGCUAUAACGGACAAAUAAAAGAAUUGGUCUGUCAUUAGUCUACGCUCUUGACCAAGGAAUGUAUAGGCCAAUUCAUCAAGGUUUCUUUUCCCAAAUAGUAAUGGCCAUACAUUUAAUUUCUGUUUCAUUGUCUCUAAAUAUUACAGUCCCAGUAUGGCAACGCCUAGUCAACUUUAAAUGAAUUAAUUUGCACCACAAAUUGGUAUGUUAUCCUGUUUGAUGUGUUAAUUUAAGUUAAAUUAUUUAGAAAUGUUUCUUCAAAGUCUAUGUGUUUAUUUUAUAUACAGGUGUGUUUGAGUUACAAUGACAACAGUGUGCUACUAUAUGCUGCAGAAUUGCAAGCAAAACUUCUAUGUUCUACGAAAGAGUCCUAAAGAUUGUGAACAAGGUUGAAACAACAGGUAGCUGCUUUUGAAAAGCAUUGAAUUAUUCCCGAAGUUAGAGAUGGUUUGACACUGUUAUGUAAAUGUGUUUUAUAUAGCGGGCAGAUUGUACAUACUAGGCAUUUUCAUCUUUGGUUUGUGCUGUAAACGAUACAUUGUGAAACAGGAUUUUAUGUGUUCAUUACGAUAAAUGUGAUUAGCAGUCUACAUAGAAAUAUUUAGUUUUGUAUUGAUCACUUUAAUUUAUUGAUUUGUUUAUGGAGUUUAUGUACAUAAUGUGUAAAGUUUGAAAACAGUAAAAAUAUGAUUUAAAAGGACUGUAUAAUAU